AUUUAUAGAAAGUGAAGACUUUUGGUGUAAAGUGGUCGAUGUGACAGUUUGUCCAGCGGGACAAAUUAAGCCAUCACGGCAUACUCGGGUUUCCAGUCUGAAUUCAGGAUUUAUGCCCUUCUCUAAUAAGACACAGUGAACCAACUCUGUCAGCCUCGAACUGCCUGUGGUGGAAAAAAUCCUGAAUUCUUUGGAGACGCCCGUUCCUUGGGCAGUGUGGUGCCACCAGACAAGGCCUUCAUUGAGCAGGAACAGGAGUGGUCUUGUAGAAGGGAUCCACACUGGCUCAGCCUACGAAGCAACGGAGCUGUCCAAGGACGAUUAAAUAUUUAAGAGCUUGGAAAGGAGGUUUGGUUUCCCUGAUUUUCCAGGGAGUGCUCCCUCUUUUUAGUGAUGGAGGUAUUGCAGUGUGAUGGCUGUGACUUCCGUGCCGAGUCAUAUGAUGACCUCAAGACCCACAUUCAGGAAGUGCACACUGUUUUCCUGCAGCCUGCAGAUGCCGAUGAGUCUGACUCUUUGAAAGAGGAGGAUGAAGAUGAGGAGGAAGAGGAGGAAUAUGAGGAUAAGGAUGACAAGGAUUACACGCCUCCUAAAGCUGGAAUGAGCCCCAACUCAACUGACAAUUCCAACCAAACAUCACAGAAGCAGACAGCUGACACCCACCUGCCGUUUUACCAGUGCAAGUUCUGUGUCCGUUACUUCAGAUCAAAAUCAUUCUUAAGAAACCACACCAAAAAAGUGCAUAAUGUUGUAGAGGAAGAUUCAGAUCCAAGUAUCUCCUCACAGACAGCAAAGCCACCCAGCUACACUGUUAUAAUGCACAAUGACCAUUCAAAAGUGUAUUCCUGUCAGUACUGCACAUACAAGUCUCCUCGCAAAGCAAGGAUUAUGAAACACCAACUAAUGUAUCAUAACAAAGUUCCCUCAGAGGGCGCUGGAGAGCCUUCCGAAUACGCUCAGACUGGAGAGGAAUCUGACUUAGCCAGUGGGCUCAUGAAGGGAACGUUCGCCUGCGAAUGGUGUGAAUAUCAGACUGACCAGAAGGACAGCUGGACUAAUCACGUGGUGAAGGAACACAGUGACAAGGUCAAGAUAGUUUCCUGCAUUGCGGAGCUGGAUGGGGAGGCAAGUGCAAGCUCACCCAAACCACAUUCUCCAUCCGCCUCCCAAAGCCCGACUAAAUCAAAGAUGAGUUUCACUGAUGUUUGUGGAAAGGAAGAGUCGGUAGGAAAGACAGCAGAAAACACGGGGGAGUCAGUCCCAGAGAUCUCGUCCUUCCAGUAUGCGCAGAUUAGUGCAGUAACACCCAACAGCACAGGUUCCUCCAUUUUGUCCAAGAGGUUUGCUUCAUCUGAUGUCUCCAACAGUGUCAUAGAGAUGGAUGGCAACUUAGUCAAUGAGGAAGACUCUAGGAGCAGCUUAGAGGAUGAUGAUGACGAAGAGUUGGGCGACACAGAUGAUCCCUGCUAUACUGGGACCCUGUCAGCAGAUGCAAAGCAGCUUUUAACUGAUGAGGAUAAUAAAUUACUGGAGACUAAAGGAAUACCAUUUAGAAAGUACAUGAACCGAUUUCAGUGCCCCUUCUGCUCCUUCCUCACCAUGCACCGGCGGAGCAUCUCCCGCCACAUUGAAAACAUUCACCUUUCUGGUAAAACCACGGUGUACAAAUGCGAUGAAUGCCCGUUUAUUUGCACCAGCCCUCUCAAGCUAGGCACGCACAAACAGAGCCACAAUUCCUCAGAUUUAGAUACCUUGGACCUAACAAAUGAUAGCCCAGAACCUCAGAAUGACAAUGUUGCAGAGCCAGUUAAUGGGGGCAAUGUAAGCUCGAAAGUCAAUGGAAAAAAGAUAACCAGCACAUCGAACGACCAGCAGAACCCUCAUCGCUGCACACUCUGCAGCUUCUCUACCACUACCCUGAAAGGCCUGAGGGUUCACCAGCAGCAUAAGCAUUCCUACUGUGAUGACCUAGAUCCCACUGUCUUUGACAGCCAGCUGACUGACCAGCCAGACUCUGAAGUGGACGCUUCUCCAAUCUUUCUGCAAAAAACCCAGACCUCCAUUUUAGGACUUGCCACCAAAAAGCCCUUAGUAACAGGGAAAAGAGCCAGGAAGUCCAUUAAUGACUUGCCUUUGGAUUUGUCCUCGGUUAAGAAGAGAACUAGAAUUGAUGAAAUUGCCAGUAACCUUCAAAGUAAGAUAAGCCAAAGCCAACAGGACAUGAUCAUAAACCUAGAUGACAUGGAUGAUGAUGAUGCAGGAGAAAAUCACGCCAAUGCUGAUAAAGAGGGUAGAAACCAUGACAAUAAAAACUUCACUUACAACACACAACAGCUUCAUGCAAGAGAAUCAAUGAUCUCCCAUGAGGGAGGCAGAAUAGGGAAAAGAAAGAGCAACCCUAAGUCAAAACCUAGAAACAUUCCUAUAUCACUGACUCUCUCAGAUGAUAGUGAAAACAUCUCUGCUGAUCCCAGUGACAGUACUAUCCAAGACAACGCUGAUUAUUCAGAGGAACCAGGGACUGCGCGUUUCUACUGUAAACACUGUGAUUACCACAACAAAUCAGCUCGUAGCGUCAGCACCCAUUACCAGAGGAUGCACCCUUACAUCAAGUUCAGCUUUAAGUACAUCCUGGACCCGGAGGACCAGAGUGCAGUCUUCCGCUGCUUAGAGUGCUACAUUGAAUACACAAAUUACAAUGAUCUACACCAACACUACAUGGAUCACCACCCUGAAGCAAGCAAUGUGCUCAACUUCAACCAACCAAAUCUGGUAUACAUGUGCCGCUUUUGUUCGUACACAAGCCCCAAUGUCAGGAGCCUAAUGCCCCAUUACCAAAGAAUGCACCCUACAGUGAAAAUCAACAAUGCUAUGAUCUUCUCCAGCUAUGUCGUGGAGCAGUCCCACAAAACUGGUGAAUCACAAACCCUGAGGGAAAUAUUAAACUCUGGCCCGAAGAAUUUUAACUCAGCAACAUCAACUCCCAGGUCCUCCUCCAGCCCAGUGCCGAAAACUGUCUCAAAGACCCCUGAAGCCAGUGCUGAGACCGACCCUCUCAAAGAAUCCAUGGGUGGCAAUGUUGUUGUCUAUGAUUGUGAUGUGUGUUCUUUUGCUAGCCCCAACAUGCACUCUGUUUUGGUCCACUAUCAGAAGAAACACCCAGAGCAAAAGGCGUCUUAUUUCCGCAUACAGAAAACCAUGAAGGUCAUCUCAGUGGAUCAAUCACAGUCAGUUGCAAACUCCUCAUAUAAUCUCAGCAUGGCUACGCCUCCAAAACAAUCAAGUGCAGCAGUGUAUGGAUCAGAUGAAGAAAUGUACUACUGUAAACAUUGCGUGUACAGCAACAGAUCUGUUGUUGGUGUGUUGGUUCAUUAUCAAAAGAGACAUCCAGAAGUAAAAGUGACAGCAAAAUAUAUCAAACAUGGUGCUCCCACCCCUGGUUUGAUGAAAUUAAUGGAUGAAUUGCAAAUUGCAGCUCCCAAACAAUUUUUGAAGCAGUUUCAAAAUAAUGGUCAUGAUGGAUCUAACAACUCAAGCCCUAAACCAGGAAGUGGUGAGAAAGGUGAGGAUGAGCUGUUCUUUUGUCAGCACUGUGAUUAUGGCAACCGCACUGUAAAAGGAGUGCUUAUUCAUUACCAGAAGAAGCAUAGGGAAACCAAGGCAAAUGCUGACCUUGUACGUCGUCACACUGCUGUUGUCCGGAGUCAACGUGAGCGUGCACAGAUGGUUCAGUCAGGCAGUGUCUCUUCUGCCAUGAUCCCAGCCCCUCCGGACCCUGAAAACGCUACGUCCCUGCGCUCCCUCAAGUGCAGACACUGUUCUUACACAUCUCCUUACGUGUAUGCCCUUAAGAAGCAUCUGAAGAAAGAGCACCCCACUGUGAAAGCCACAGCCAUGACCAUUUUACACUGGGCUUACCAAGAUGGCAUUCUGGAAGCUGGAUACCACUGCGAGUGGUGCAUUUACUCCCACGCUGAACCCCAAGGCCUGCUGCUCCAUUACCAAAGACGCCAUCCUGAGCACAAUGUCGAUUACACAUAUAUGGCCAGCAAGCUAUGGGCUGGUCCGGAGACUACCCAACAAGGGGGCAAUAUGGAAACCAAACAUUACAAAUGCAGGGACUGUGCCUUUGAGGCUUGUACAAUAUGGGACAUCACUAGUCACUAUCAGGCAGUUCACCCCUGGGCCAUUAAAGGGGAUGAAUCUGUGCUUUUAGAUAUCAUCAAAGGAAAUGGCUCAGCUGAAAAGAUCCACCAGCAGGUUACCAAAGAGCCUGCGUCUUUCACUUGCCAGUCUGUUGAAGAUGAUGGAGCACUGGUCAAUGCCACCCCACCUCAAGAAAACAAUCCCCAUCCUCCCCACCCACGUCUUUCCAUCUCUAACAAUCCUUAUCAGUGUACUGUAUGUCUGUCAGAGUACAACAGCCUCCAUGGCCUCCUCACUCACUAUGGAAAGAAGCACCCAGGCAUGAAAGUAAAAGCUGCAGAUUUUGCACAGGAAGCAGACAUCAACCCCAGUUCUGUUUAUAAAUGUCGUCACUGUCCGUAUGUAAACUCUCGAAUCCAUGGUGUCCUAACUCACUAUCAGAAGAGACACCCGUUAGUGAAAGUCACUGCAGAAGACUUUGCAGAUGAUAUAGAGCAAAUCACUGACGUAAAUGAAGGAGAUGACAAGUGCAAAACUCAAAGGCAGGGUUAUGGCGCCUACAGAUGCAAAAUGUGCCCGUACACGCAUGGGACACUGGAGAAACUGAAAAUCCAUUAUGAGAAAUAUCAUAAUCAGUCGGCCUCUGUUAUGUUCACUCCCUCAAUGACAAAUUUUUCUCCCAGUAAAGAAACAGAGCCAGUGGCAGAAUGCAGUGCUGGUAAUAUAUCAAGCGCAGCUAAAGUCCAGGAGGUCAGUGAAUUGGACCUUGCCCUCUCCCAGUUACCCAUCAAUAAGACAGAGAAACAUGCCGUAUUCAAGUGUCAGCUCUGCAAAUACUUCUGCUCCACCAGGAAAGGCAUCGCUCGCCACUACCGUAUCAAACACAACAAUGUUCGUGCUCAGCCAGAGGGUAAAAACAAUGUCUUCAAAUGUGCUCUGUGUUCAUACACAAACCCUAUACGCAAAGGCCUAGCAGCACACUACCAGAAGCGGCAUGAUAUUGAUGCAUAUUAUACCCAUUGUCUGGCUGCUUCCAAGACUAUGAGCGAUAAGCCUAACAAAGUGAUAGCACCCGUGCCAUCAGAAGGGGACAAUUCAGAAAUGAGUGAAGACUUGCGUUUGGCUGUGGAGAGACGCAGGUGUUCUCUUUGCGGCUUCCAGGCCUUCAGCAGGAAAAGCAUUGUCUCACACUAUAUUAAACGGCACCCAGGUGUCUUCCCCAAGAAGCAGCAUUCUAGCAAGCUUGGUCGCUACUUUACUGUUAUCUAUGCCAAAGAACCAGAGAAGAUUGCUGUCAGUGCAAUGGCAGAGGAAGACAAGGAAGUGCUGGAGGUUCCGCUUGAAAACGAGCAGGAAAGAGAAGUUGAAUGGCUGCCAUUCAAGUGUCUAAAAUGCUUCCGAUUGUCCUUCAGCACAGGCGAGCUGCUCUCUAUGCACUACAAUGACCACCACAGCAAUGACUUGAAGAGGGACUUUGUGGUAUCGCCCGGUCCUGGGGAUGAGGAUUCUGAGUUGUACCAGUGUUCUCACUGUGAGUUGAAGUUCCAGGCACUCCCAAUUCUGGCCAAACAUCUAUUGAACCACAAUGAGGAGUUUCAGAAGAGGGCCAUGCGGCAGGAGAGGAGGAGGCAGCUUCACAGUAAACAGAAAGCCGCAGAACUACCUGAGACCAAGCCCGAGAAGGAAAGCCCUGUAAAUAAAGCUCCCAUAGGAUUCAGGUGUAACUUCUGCAUCGAAGUGCACCCCACCCUUCGAGCCAUCUGCAACCACCUUAGGAAGCAUGUACAGUAUGGAGAGGUCAAAGAGGGACAUGUCAAGCAGGAAGUCAGUGAAGUCCCCCUUACCCUGCCUUCAGAGACCCUAACUAAUGGCGACCUGGAGGGGGAUGAAGCAGCUGAAGCCCAUGGCCUCGAGAGACCUGCAGCUACAAUGAUAGGUUCACCCUCAGUUUCCACAGCCUCUGGUGGUGUUGCUGUUGCUGUUACCACAGAGACACUGGAACCAGAAACGCACGCUGCUGAAGAAAGGGCAGCGGCCCUCGUGCCCGCAGCGGUGUCAGAGGACCAACUGAAGCAGCGAUUAACAGCAGGGGGUCACCCAUGUGCCCAGUGCGACCGAGUCUUCAUGUCCAUGCAGGGACUGAGGUCCCAUGAGAGGAGCCACUCAGCCAUGGCACUGUUCAGCAGAGAAGACAAAUACAGCUGCCAGUACUGCCAGUUUGUCUCACCCUUCAGACACAAUCUGGACAGGCAUGUGCAGUCUCACCACGGCCACCACAAGCCCUUCAAGUGCAAACUCUGCCCCUUUAAAUCUGCCUACGUGAGUCGCUUGAAGAGCCACCUGCAUAAGGCACACACAGGUGAGCAGCACACAUACAAGUGCUUGUCGUGCCCCUUCUCCUCUAUGACCAUCAGCCAGCUGAAGGAGCACUCUCUGAGAGACCAUGGUGAGGCCCUGACCCUCCCCAAACUGCGGGCUGCUACCCAGGCUGCUCAUGCCGCCCUCAGGCCCUCCCGGCCGGCCAGUAACACAGAGCAGACUCCAGUGGACCUGGAUGACCCAUCAUACCUGGAGCCAGCGGAUGUUCGUCAGCAGCUUAGUCAUUACCAGCUGGCCUCCCGCAGUCACAUGUCUUCCAGCUCAACACCUGGUGGUUCAACAGUGGCUGACAAUCGACCAGACGGCAUCCUCACUUGUGAGUUCUGUGAGUUCAGCUCUGGAUACAUGCAGAGCUUGCGUCGGCACUACAGGGACCGUCAUGGUGGCAAGAAGCUCUUCAAGUGCAAAGACUGUUCCUUUUUCACCUGCUACAAGAAUACCUUCACCAUGCAUGUGGAGGCUGGUCACAACAACAAUGCACCUGACGACUUCCCUAAAGACCUGCGCUGCCCUCUCUGCCUCUACCACACCAAACACAAGAGCAAUAUGAUUGACCACAUUGUCCUGCACAGAGAGGAGCGUGUGGGUCCACUGGAGGUCAGCCGCUCCAAGCUGUCACGUCACCUUCAGGGCCUGGUGUUCCGUUGCCACAAAUGCACCUUCACAUGCUCCAGUGACCAGGCCUUGCAGCUGCACCUGCAAAAGCACGCUGAGAUCAAACCCUACCAGUGCCAGCUCUGUUAUUAUGACAGCAGUCGACGGAGCCAGCUAGAGGAGCAUCUACGCCUUGAGCACAAGGUUAUCAGGAACUUUGAGCUGAUGGGCCGGGUCAACCUGGACCAGCUGGAGAUGAUAAAGGAACAAGGAAGCAGCGCAGAGGAGGAAGAAGAGAGAGAAAUCAUGGAGAUGGUUGGAGAUGGAAAAGUAGCUGCUGCAGAGGAGGAGGAUGAUGACGAUGACGAAGGAAUGGAAAUUAUGGAGAACAUAGUGGAGGAGCAGAGAGAGAUGGAUGAUGAGGAUCUAGAGGACGACAUCAAAGAGGAAGAGGAGGAGGAGGAGGAGGAGGAGGAGGAAGAAUAUGAGGAAGAGGAAGAUGAAGAGGAAGUCAAGGAAGUGGAGGAAGAAAGGCCUGCUCUACAAGAAGUUCUAGCAUCUCCCACCAGCAGCACCAGCAGCAGCUCUGGGCCGAGCGCUGCAGAGAAGCGUCUCCCCUGUGAGUUCUGUGGGCGCUGCUUCACCAACAGCCUUGAGUGGGAACGACAUGUCCUUCGACAUGGCAUGAUGGUUAACAACAGCCGAAUGGAUACCAGCACCACCUCCGCAAUAGAGGCCUCAGCGUCAUCUUCCAGUGGCUCCUCUGUCCUAAUGGAAUCAGGUUUGGACCUGUCCAGCAAAGAGGAAGGGAACCCCGCUGAUUUAUCACUGAGAAGUCAAAGCCAGUAUGUGGAAGACAAAGCAAUGCUUGAAACCAAAAAGGAUCAACUAUUUGGUUGAACUGAUUGUGGGCUCUUGUGCUAGAAACUGAUAACAUUGGGUAGGCUCAGCACUGAGAUGGAUCUUAAAAUAGGACGUUAAAGGAAACAAAGAGAUUUAAACUGAAAAAAAGUGACUUCUUAUGAGUUGACGCAUCACUAGAUUUUAGAUGUUACAUAUUUAAGUAUUAGGUUGUGCUGCAUAAAACGGCUGAGCUCUUUAAAUGGGCAGUCCCCUAGGACAGAUCUUAAUAUAUUGGUAACCAAUAGUGAACAGAACUCUUUAUUGCUGACAUUCUGGUCAAAUCUACAGUGAAAGAUCCCACCUAGAUAAAACAAAGCUAUUUAUAAAGAAUGUUGUCCAAAAUGAUUAACUAAAUUUAGCAUUUUAUUAUUUGAAGCACCUUUUACACUCCCCCUGCUCAUCCAAAACAGGGUUACUGUAAAUUUACCUAAAAGGAACAAAUAAAAUAUGAAAGCAUUUACACCCGUUGCCCACUGUAGAGCUACCUUUUCUUGUUUCUUGUUGAAAUUUGAGACUUUUUUUCAUCUUAGCCUCAUGUUAAAUGUGUAGAAGUAUUCCCUGAGGAAGAGUCGCACCUUAUCUAUUUUAGUAAAAUGACAGUUCAUGUUUUCUUCAUUCGUAGAAAUACUGAUAAUUUCCCUCAAUGUUUGUAGCAAAUUGCUAUAUUUUAGGUCCCUUAAUAUUAUACUACGUAUAAGCCUUCAGCCUGUGGCACCCUUCACAUUUUGACUGUACUAUUUUAUUGCCCAGUAAUUUCACUGGUGAAAUCGUGGAAAUAAAUGGACUGGUUUAAAUCUUCCUUCCCCUGUAAAAUAUCAUGUUGUUUGUAGUCCAGGUUAAACAAUAUGACAGUUGACCUGUGCACUCAGAAGAUCAAUAUAACAACAGUGAUAUGUUUAACGUGUCAUGACUGAAUCUAUAUGAUAUAGUUAUCCGUUAAGAUGAGCAAAAGCAAAAGUUAGCCCAGAACCUUACUACAGGUUUUAACAACGGUGGUGUAGUAUUUGCAGACAUGAUCAAUAGACUGAGAUUACACAGUGCAAAAUUUGUAAUUGGAUGUGCCAGAAUUCAGCUCUGUUCACAUACUGUUAGUGGAUCCACAAAUGAUAAUUAAAUGCAACGUUUGGAGGCUUUUAUUGACAUAUGCAUACCUGCGAUCUGACUGACGGGAUUACACUGUGCGCCAACCAAGUGUUGACCACCACGGCUGAGUGUUGAAGCCAGUGUGCAAGUGCUUUCAAGGGCAGUUCCUGUAAUGGCUUUCUUUAAUUCAUUGUUUAAUUAAGAUCAGAUUGGGUUAAUCAAUUGCACAGACAGUAAGUACUGGUACAAAGAAAUGUGGUUUAUCAUCUAAACAGGAAAUGCAAAUGGUAACAAAGAGGAUGAGGUUUAAUCAAACAUUAUAUAUAUAUAUAUAUAUAUAUAUAUAUAUAUGCCCUGCAGAUAGCUUUGAUUUAUUGCCAAGGUUUUGAGAAAUCCAUCUCUGAGAUUUGUAUUUCUGCUAAUCCAAUAGAAGGGAAUGGAAUUUCAUUAUUUCAUUUGUUAUACUCACAGCAUUGAAACUUUUCAGAAAUUUUCAUCUGAACUAUUUUGUACCAAAUAAAUAGUCCCUAUGAAAGCUGACAGUGUGUUCUGUGUGUUGUUUUUUAAGUAUGUUUUUUUUUAAUGCUGUGAGCACCACAAAUGAAAUGCCAUGCUAAAAUUGGUAUGUUUGGAGCCAUGUUUACUUGACUGACAGAUGUCUCUGCCUUUCACAGUCAGCCCUGGUGAUUACCUCAACUCCAUCCAGUUUCCUCCACAUCGCCCAAAUUCGCAUUUUUACACUCCAAAAUGACUGACAGGCUGGCAUCGAGGAUUAAACUCAAAUCUAGUGCUUCAAAACACCCCUUCAGAAACUUAUGGCUGAUGCCACAGACACCAAACAUGUUUUUCUACAGUCUAUUGUCCAGUUUUGACAUGAUGGGAGACACUGAAAAGACAAGUGUAACCAGGUCAGAAAGUCCUAAAACCGUUUGUUUCCACAUAUAUAAAGUAUAUUCGGCACUGGGACUGUAUCUUGGAGAUUUUACUUUUUAAAGGUGUCAAAUUCCCCAACUUUAACCCCUUUAAAUUCUCAUCCUGUAUUGAAACAACUGUCAUAGCUUGCAUUUGUGUGCUUCUUUUUAGAAAAUGUUGUUCACGUUAUUGUUGAUACUGACAAAAGGCAGAGAUUGUAUUUGUUGGAAGUUGCUGCUUGAAUGCCCUAAAGCCUUAUGAGAUAAUGAAUAGCAAUUAAGUCAAAUUUAUGUCCAAUUCCAAUAAGACCAAUAAGCAAACUUAAGUGGCCUGAAAUAAAAUGGCUGAUAAACACAAUGUUAAAUUUGUAGAGGAGCACAGUUAAUGUAAUUGUGUUCUUGGUACCAAAAUAUUUACCAAACCUGCUGUGUUUGCUGCUGUGAUUGUCCUUCCUGAGCAUUUAACCAUUGAUGGAAAUGGGAAAUCUGGGUUAGGACCAUAGAAUUUUGGAAUUAGAGUUCUAUGGAUGUAACCCAGGUAAACUACAUGUCUGCAGCCAUGUAUAGAAAACAAAACUACUCGUUUAAGUGUUUGAACUGUGGUGUUUCAGAAAGGAUACUUUAACCCUUUUUUCCUUUAGGUGUUCUCAAUUUUUUUCAAAAAAAGAAAAAAAGAAAUCUAAAGAUGAUAGCUAACCCUUAGGGGCUUUUUGAGUCCCCAAUCCAACAUUAUUACACUGUUGUACAAUGUCUGGUUACAAUGAAAAUAUCUCCUUUUUUGUACUGUAAUGGGAAUGAGCAGAUAGGAAGAGCAGUGUGGUUGUAUAAUAUUUAAAGGCGAGAAGGAAAAUGAUGCAGUUCUGCGGCCAAUUAAUGGCCAGGGCUUUUAUUGCAAAGAAGAAAAACAUGGCAGAGUAAGACACAAGAAAAAAAUUGUUCCUUUUGGGGCAUUUACCUAAACUGCUUGGUCCUUUUCUGGGAUUGGCCACCAUCUGGGUUGCCAGAAAACCAAUAGAUCCAUCUGCGAUCUAGCUCACUCAUGUCCACUCUGACAUCUGACACACCAGUAUCUUCUAUCCCUGACCUGUAAGGGCAUCAGCUCACUUGUUCCAAGUAGGCCUGUUCAUAGUCUACCCUGUCAACAAUAGGUGGGAAUGUAGCAGCCCCACUUUGCUCCUCAGUCCUUGUUAUACCUUAAAAACCGGUUGAGUUGGUGCUGAAUCUCAAAGCGCUUUUUCUGUUUUUCAGGACCAGCUUGUAGCUUUUUGAAAGUGAAACCGUUUGAAAACUGUUGUUGUAGAAAUAAGCUUUGUAAGGCAGCUUGUUGCCCAACUUGAAAGCCCAGUAAAGCAGAUGAUAAACUGGGACGAUCUGGGUAAUGAAGCUGUCAACCCCAAAUUGUUUGUUGUUCUGUGAUCAUUUUAAGAGAAAAUGACUAUGAAUCCCUCACUGUGUGCAGUCUCUAGACUGUAAUAUUCCCAGUUUACCCAAAGUUACGCCCCUGCUGACAACACACUGGAUACUUGUAUAUAUGUUUAGUUUGUUUCCGAUGCAUUUCUCUUUUCAGACUGUUGUCUCCAUAGUUUGACACUAGAAUCUCUCCUUCUUGCCUUUCUUCCCAUAUAAAUCUGAUUACCUGAUGGUGGGUUGUGAUGUUGCCUAGAAUGAUUGUUUACAAUUUUAUUCCAUUUAUCUCUGGAUAUUCUGUAAAUAUUGUAAUUCAUUGUCUUUUUUUAACUUGAUAAUAAAGUUAUCAGAUAACGGUUAA